AUGUCUGACGCCGCCGUUGUUGAAGCCACCGCCUCCCCAGUUGCCGCUGUUGAGAAAAAGGCACCAAAAAAAGCCGCUGCCAAAGCAAAGAAGCCAUCAGCUGCCCCUACCCACCCUCCAACCCAGCAAAUGGUUGAUGCCGCCAUCAAGACCCUGAAGGAACGUGGAGGUUCAUCAUUGCCCGCCAUCAAGAAAUACUUGGCCAGCACCUACAAAGUAGAUGCCCAAAAAUUGGCCCCCUUCAUCAAGAAGUACUUGAAAGGUGCCGUUGCCAGUGGAAAAUUGAUCCAAACUAAAGGUAAGGGUGCUUCUGGUUCAUUCAAAUUGUCAGCUUCGGCCUCCAAGGAACCCAAAGCUAAGACUGCUGAAAAGAAGAAGAAGGCCCCGGCCGCUGGUGACAAAAAGAAGAAGGCUGCCGCCCCUAAAAAGGCCGCUGGUGAGAAGAAGGCAGCUGCCAAAAAACCCUCUGCCGCCAAGAAGACCGCUGAAAAGAAGAAGGCCGACAAAACAAAGGCAAAGGCUGCCAAGAAAACCGGUACAGUUAAAGCUAAACCAGCAAAGACCGCCGCCAAAGCAUCUGCCACUAAACCAAAGGCACCCAAGGCAAAAACUGCAGCUGCUAAGCCCAAAAAGGCCGCAGCAGCAAAGAAGCCAGCUGCUAAGAAAACCGCCGCCAAGAAGUAA